UUUCACAAAAAAAAUUAAAAUGGGUGACUGGAAUUUCCUGGGCGGCAUCUUGGAGGAGGUGCACAUCCACUCCACCAUGGUGGGCAAGAUCUGGCUGACCAUCUUGUUCAUCUUCCGCAUGCUGGUGCUGGGCGUUGCCGCCGAAGACGUGUGGAACGACGAGCAGUCCGACUUCAUCUGCAACACGGAGCAGCCGGGCUGCCGCAACGUUUGCUACGACCAGGCCUUUCCCAUCUCGCUCAUCCGCUACUGGGUCCUUCAGGUGAUCUUCGUUUCUUCACCCUCACUGGUCUACAUGGGCCACGCCAUCUAUCGGCUGCGCGCCCUGGAGAAGGAGCGCCACUGCAAGAAGGUAGCGCUGCGGCGCGAGCUGGAGUCGGUGGACGCCGAGUUGGCGGACGCCCGCCGCCGGAUCGAGAAGGAGAUGCGGGGGCUGGAGCAGGGCAAACUGAACAAGGCCCCGCUCAGGGGCUCGCUCCUAUGCACCUACGUGGCGCACAUCGUCACCCGCGCCGUGGUGGAGGUCAGUUUCAUGACAGGCCAGUUGCUCCUCUACGGUCAUCGCCUAAGCCCGCUCUACAAGUGCGAGCGCCAGCCCUGCCCCAACAUGGUGGACUGCUUCGUGUCGAGGCCCACCGAGAAAACCGUCUUCAUGGUGUUCAUGCAGGUGAUCGCCUGCAUUUCCUUGUUCCUCAGCCUCCUGGAGAUUAUGCACUUGGGCUACAAGAAGAUCAAAAAGGGCAUUUUGGGUUAUUACCCGCAUAUCAAGGAGGAUCUGGACGACUACUACGUCAACAAAUCCAAGAAGAACUCCAUGGUGCAGCAAGUGUGCGUGGGCGCCUCCACGGGGGGCCGCAAGGCCACCAUCCCCACGGCGCCCACUAGCUACACUUUGCUGCUGGAGAAGCAAGGUAACGGGCCCAACUACCCGCUGCUCGACGCCGCCUCUGCCUUCGUGCCCGUCCGGGAGGACCCGGCAGUCAAGCUAGUUGGCUUCAAGGAGCCCAAGGAGGCCAUCCCCAGCCCCAACGAUCAGAACAGCAACAACACGAGCAGCGGAACACGCUCGCCGCCCGCUGACAAGGACGGCGAGGAACCGGACUGCGCCGAGUACCCCGCUUCUUCCGACCCGGCCCCCUCUGCCGCUCUUCCGGCCGUGGCCCGGAAGUCCCGCAAACCAAAUCCACAGUGGAACUGCUCCACGGUUGUCGAGGGCAACAGCUCGGACAGCGGCGACUCCUACCGGGGUGGCUCCAUGAAGCUCCGCGGAGGAAGCGGAAGCGCGGGCCCCCGGGCCCGGAACCCGUCUUCCAACAGCCUGAGGAGGCCCGGCAGGCCUCGGAGCCCGGACUCGGGCGGAGACGCCAGCUCGGCGUCCCGAGGGAGCCAUGAUAGCCCCAGCCCCGCCGCUUCCUCCCCGAACCGCCGAGUGUCAGCCACCAGCAGCGGCGGCAGCAGCAGCAGGCGAGCACCCACCGAUCUGCAGAUCUGAUGCGCCGUUGUCUGGCGGACAUUUUGUGACAG